GAAUGUUACAUGCUUGCGGUGUUCUCUUAUUUAGCUUAUUCGUAUGUAAAUUUUAUAUUUUAAUAAUAUGGAAUUUUGUUUCGCAUCAAGGAAUCGCCAUGUAUAAUUUAUUUAAUAAUUAUGAUUACGUAAUACCGCUUUCCUCGACGAAAUACGAACUAAAACUGAAAAGCGUCAAGUUCUGGGAGAAAGUGAAAGUAGUUAUUUUCGUCUCCUCACGUUAGAUGGAGCUUGUUAGUUACGAGUGGGAGAACAUUAGAUUGUUUUCAAAUGAAGGCGUGGAUUGUGGAUGAAAUCAUGCGUUUGUGUUUUGAAAGUGUUUAUGAGUAAAAUUAAAUAUUCAGUUGAAUAUGUGAUUUAUUUUAUAGUAAUUUGAAGGGUACGAUUUUUAAAAUUCCUUUAGCAAGAUGUUGUGUUUACUACGAAUUGGAUCAUCGCCAAAUUGACUUAACUCAGCAAAGGAUGGAUCAUUGUGUAUUGUGAUAAAUUCUAGACUACCUACACUUAUUGUGUUAUGUGUUAAGUAUAAUGUCUUCUGAAUUAGUGGGAAGAAUAAAAGCUUAUUUGUGCCUUCCAAGAAAAGAUUUCUUCUGAAGUUCUUUGCCACAAAAAGAUAUUGAGUUUCGAUUAACGAGUUGUCUAUAUUUUAUUUGACAAUAAAGCAGUGCAGAUUUAGAUUUUGGAAAGGAGAAUUCAAACAUCUAUGGAAUUAUUAAGAGUGCCGUUAGUUCAGCUCUAAGAUUCGAAAUCGUACGAUUUGAAAUAUGCAACCUUUUUUUGAUCGAAUUGUAAAAUAUAGUAUAGAUUUAUGCAUACACUUAUUGUGUUUCUAUAAUGUGUUAGUUCACCGAAACAAUCAGGUCUUUUGAAUGAAUGUAAAAGAUAAAUGUUCUGUGCUACUUAAGGAAAGAUUUCUUCCAAUAAAUUUCUUCAUCACAAAAAUAUUGUGAAUUCCGAAUACAAUCUUAACGAGCUGUCUACAUUAUUUUUUUACAAUAAAACAGUGAUGCCUAUUGAUUUAUAUAAAACAAAUAAUAAAUAAAAAAUUUAAGCCUUAAUUCAGUUAUUUUUGAAAAUAUUUAGUGUGCCAUUAGUUCAAUUCCAUAAGAAGAAGUUAUACGAUUUGAAACAUGUAUCAACAACCCGUUUGAACAUGUAUCAACAUGUUUUUGAUUCAACAUCAACAAUGUGGUGGAUAUUUAUUUUAUAAUUAUGCACUAUUUAUAAUUAAAACUAUAGACUUAUAAACUUUUUUCUUGAAGAAAUCACGAACUGCCUUAGGACUCAUUUGACUAUGUGUUUUUCAAGAUGUGAUAGUGUAAUUGUUGAAUCGAUGAUUUAUUUAUAUUAUAUUUUUCUCGCUUGAGCCUGUAGUAAGAAAUUUUUUAGAAGCAAUUCAAUUACUUUCUAAUAUCAUGUCGUUAUUAGAUCGUGAUAACGGUGUUUUGAUAUUGGAUCUUCCAAUUAGCCUAGAAAAAGACGCAAUUUAUGAAAUUUAUCAAUUCAUUCCCUCACAAAAAAUUUUGAAUCGAGAAUUUGGUAGGCAUGGGCUGAAAAUAUUUUUCUCUGAAUAUGAUCCCGUUAGGAAAGUUCUGGCUAAACGACGUCUGACCAUCAAGGGGGUGGAUUACCCUAUUCGUUUACUUGUGACACCCCUAACAAUUCACAACAUUAAUUCACUAAUAAAUGAAUCCAAACUGAGAAAAUUGAUUGAAGCUUGGGAAAUUGGGAGUUGGCUUUUAUAUCCAGAAACGAGACCUGUUAAUGAUCAACUUAAACCUACAGGUAACUAUAGAGUUGUGUUGUUGAUUUCUGAUGCUGAAAAUGUCGAAUUUCCUAAAUUUUUGCGAGACCCAGAUAUUAAUAUGAGAUUCGAGGUGACUUUAUAUUGUCGACGAUGCAUGGAAAAUGGUCAUAGACAGUACCAAUGCGAAAAAAAUGUCAAUAUUCCUACACUUGGAGAAACUUCAACAAAUAAACAUGAAGCACAAAGAGAUAUUUCUAGUAGAGGAGGCCACACUUCUGGAGUGGAUGGAACAAACUUACUUUAUACAAAAAUGAAACAAAAACAGGAGUGGGAUGAAGUGUGUAAUAUCAACAGUAGUAGUCAAAACAAUGUUACUUAUAGAGAUGAUCCUUGUUAUUGGACUGGAGCACAGAGUGGUCAAGAUUGGGUGUCAAUUAGAGCAAAAAAUGAUAGACCAGAUGUGAAAGAACCCACUGUUUCAUCAUUUCCAACGAUCAGUAGAAAUGAGAACAAUGGAGUCCAACAAACAAUAUCUACUUCGGUUGAACGUUUGUCAUCGAAUAUUCCAAAAACACAAUUGGAUACUUUGCAUAACAUGAAAGAGGGAAAAGACGAGGACACAUCAUUUGCUUUCAAUUCUUCAGGAAACUCCAUUGAGCCGUUUUCUAGGCAUUCAUUUAAAACUGAAUAUAACCAUUUCAACGAACAUUAUGAUAUUUCAUUUUCAAACUCUUCUUUAAGAGAAGUUGUAGUACAUGAUGAACAGUCAUUUUAUUCUCUUGAUCAAAAUAAAGACUAUGUACCAAAGCAACAUGCUGAAUUGACUAUAAAUUCUCCUCCACAAGCAAUUGAAACUAAACCAUUGAACCGAAUUGACCAUUACGAUGAACGUGAUGAAUAUUUUCCCCCUAGAGAUGCGGAAGAAUAUAAUAUAAGAACAAUUACUUCUAAUUAUACCAAUAAUUGCUCAAUGAAAAGCAAUAAACAUGAAUCGAACGCAAGUUCAAACAACAUCAUAUUGACCUCUCACUCCAAUCAAAACUCCGAUCGGAAUCGCAAGCGCCAUUCUUCAUCUUUUGCAACUGGCAGUUCCAGCAGCUGCAGACAUGACUGCUCAACGUCUCAACUUACUAAUAGUUUAUCCUAUGUGUCUUUAGCUUCCUCUGAAACCAAUAAAAGUUCACGCAGAGCAUCAUGCGAUUUUCAAAAUUCUGAGAGAAGGCAAUUUCAUGAUCCACCCACAAAUUCUUCAAAGAUCGAUAACACUUUUACCAAUCAAAAAUCUGAUCACCAAAGAAAAACAAAUAAUCAGAGAGCAUUACGCUUUACUGAUAGUUCCAAAAGUUGCAUGGAAGAAUAUUCAACUUUUCAGAGCACUGAGAGUUUACCCAAUGCUUCUAUAACUUUAUCUGAAACUAAUAUAAGAUCACACAGAAAAUCAAGAGAUUCCCAAAAUUCUAAUAGAGAUCAUUCUAAUAAUCAUCACACAAACCCUUUCAAGAUCGAAAGCACAUAUAUCAAACCAGAAUCUAAUCCCAAAUCAGAAUGUAAUAAUGUGCAAGUAUUUUGCUGUUCAAGCUGUCUUAACUUCAAAUCCAGUAGGAGCUCCAAGCAAGAAAGUUCAUCUUCUUCAACUGAAAUGAGCUUGUCCAACGCACAUACAUAUGCAACAUCAACGGCAAAUCAAAACAUCUUCCAAAACCUUUGUGCAAGUAUUGAACAUGAAGAUAUCAGUGAACUUAAUACCAGAGAAAGCCAAUCCGAUAGCGAUUCCAAUUUUGAGAAUGAGAUGUCACAAAAGUGUGAUGAAGUUAAAGCAGAGGAUAAAACUAGUUCGGAAAAUAAGCUCAAUUUAACUGCUUUACUGCCCCCUAGUUUAAAAAAUAAAGUUAAGGAAAUUAAAAAUGUAAUCCGUAAAGUUAUGGCCAUCGACAAGGAGACGGCUCCUGAAUUAAGUGACAUUGAAGUCGCAGCAGUCAAAGCUAUUAUUAAUAAUAAAAGAAAUGUUAGAUUAGUUCCUCAUCAGAGAAGAUUUAUUGAAAACUUGGAACUCUGUUUGAAGAAACUGAAUGGUUUAGAAAAGAUAAUAAAAGCUGAAGAUCACUUUAUAGGUAACAGCACCAAAAACGAUAAUUCUUCCCAUAACUCUUCCGAUGAUAGUGUUCCAGGACUUGGGAAUCUUAACAGAGCAUCAAAGCAAUCAAAACCCAAUAAAUCGAGUACAAUCGUCUCAAACUCUCAGCACUCAGUUCAUAAUCGUAUUUCUAAAAAGCCAAUAGAAAGAAUUAGAAAAUCCUCUGAAACGGUUUUUGCUGUCAGAAGACACUCCACACAAAGCAGCUUCGACAAUACAAUUCCUGACACUUCUAACGCUGGUGAUAGAUUAAGUCGUAAAUCUCAAUGCCAUAAAAUAGAACAGCUUAAUACUCACAGUAAUUCUCACAGAAGAAAUCUUAAUAAAAGUACAAGCGACAGGACUUUGCCACAUCGAAGGAAUUCAAGUCCCUUGAAAAAGAAAACGGCCAAAUACAAAAGAAGUAUAUCCCAACCAGCAACAUGCAAAUCAGAACCAUUUUCUAAGUUAAAGUAUAAACCAUCAACCAUAAAUAAGGACUCCGACACUGAACAUUUGCCUACAUCAUCAGGGAUAUUAGUUGGAGAAGCAUCGUCACCAUUCUUCCUUAAAGGAAAAUCAUCAGCGUCUUCUAAUAGUGCAUUAUCAUCAACAUAUGUUGAAGAAGAAGACUUACCAUCAACAUCAGCAUAUUCUAAAGAAGAGUUACCAUCAACAUCAACAUAUUUAAAAAAAGGCUUACCAUCAGCAUAUGAUAUAAAAUUUCAAACAGUUAAAAAGAAUGCGCCAAAGAAAUUCUCCUCUAGUCAAACUUUCAUCAAAGGUGUUUCCACAGAUCAGCGAUUUCAGUCAAAGAAUUGCUACAAACAAAACAAAAUUCCAAAACAGUUGAAUUUUAAGUAUAAAACUAAGAGUCCAGUGGUACUCAAAAGCACUGGAUUUUCAAAGAAAUGGACCCCUGGUUUAUGGGCAGCGAACAACAAGACUUCCAGUAUUAUGGACAAAUUCAAAUUUCAAUUGUUCUCAACUCAUGUUCGAAGAAAGAAACAUCUUGGACCAAUGGUCUAUAAAUACGCCGAUAACUUUGACCAAGUCAAAAGCAAAAUUGAGGCAGUUUUGGAAUAUUAUUAUAAUAAAAAACGGAUUGGUAGAGACGAUAACUCUGAAGUACGAAUUCUGAAAGAUCUGAUAGGAAGGUUGGAUGUCCAUAUGAAGUGUGACAUUUGUUUAAGAAGUAAAAAUAUUACAUGAAAUGAAAAUAAUUAUGAUGUCAGCUUUUGAUGCUUAUCUUUAGGAUGUACCAAAAGUUCCAUUCUCAAUAUGUAUAUAUAUCUUUUUUAAUUUAGGAUCACAAAUUAAUAUUUUAUCUAUUUGUGCCUUGCAUCCUUUCCAAAAGACGAUUCCUUUUUCCAAAAAUGAAAAAAGUGGUAACAAAUGUGCUUGUUUAUUGGGAUUUAUUUUUCAAAAUCAAAAUAAUUUUGUUUACCAUAAUAUAUUAAUAUAUAUUAAUAAUAUAGAUUUGUAUAUUUUUAUCUGAAGUCAAAGCAUGGUGCUGUUUUAAGGCUAAAUUAGUAGGUAACAAAAAGAGAUACUGCAAUUUUAUAUAGAAAUUUUUCACAUGAAGCCACUUUUAACUGCUCGGCAUUGAUGGUUUAAGCGAAGAAAAAACAAAAACGCUAUUGAAAUCUAACAAAUCAUUUAUCGAGGGUGGCAGAUAUACAAAAAGCAUUAGAAUUGUGUUAUUGCAAGUAAACAUAAACGUGUUUCUUUUAAAUUUCUUUCAAUUGCUCUCUCUCUCUAUAUAUAUAUAUUUAGCAAUCAAACAGGUUUUAGUGUUUUAUAAAUCCGUCUUCCUCAAUAGUUAUUUGUCAUAUUUCGAUAGCGUUAUUGUUUUAUCUUUGUUUAAAUAGUCAUUUAAAACCCUCAAUGCAUACACUAUUUUGGCUUUUUUAAGUAAGGUUUUGCUUUAUGUCUGUUAUGUUUUGCUUAAAAGUUUUUUACACUUGAUUUAUUGAACUCUAGAAUUUUUGAUUUUUUCUAAGUGCCAAAACAGAGUUUAAAUAAUCAAUGCAUGAAUAUUAAAGUCAAUGCUCCUGUAAAAUACAAUAUCAUUCAAACGUACUUAUUUAUGCAAUAUUUUAACAUGUUCAUAUUAAAUCAUUGAAGUUUUGUUUUUCCCUUUUUUUUGCUUAAAGGGUUUGGACAAUUGGAUAUAUUUAAAUAUUCGACUUUUACUUUGUUAAGGGGCAAAAUAAAAUUUGAAAACUUAAUUGGACAAUUUGUGAACAUAAAUUUAUUGUGAUUAUUCAUGCAUAUACAAGAUAAUUUUAAACAUUUUUAUUUUUGUAAUAUUUUUACAUGUUUAUAUUAAGGCACUGAUUUUUCAUGUUUUCUUUUUGUCUUGGUCAUAGUAAAUUAAAAAUAAAUAAGAUAUUUUUAUUUCUAAUUCGAUUCGCAUUUUUCAAACGAUUUAAAGCACACUGAAAUUUUUUUUAAUAUUUAGAUUCAUUUAAAAAGUUUUGAAUGAUUUUAGGCAAAAAGGCAUCAUUCUAAGCAAAAAUGAAAUAAAGUUUUUUUCCUCACAUUCAUGAUUUUAUUUGAUCUUUCUGUAAUACUUAGUAAUUACAGGCUUAAAUCUCUUCAGAUUUAUUUCUAUUGAGAAUAAAGUUUACAAAUAUUUUUUUGCUUUACAAUCAGCAUAAUAUACUCAAUUAAUACAUUAAUCUACUUAAUGAAUUAAUCUACUUAAUUAAUCUACUCAAUUAAUAACAUAAUAUACUUCAUUAAUAAGCGUUUUAUAUCGUAUUAAAAUUUUUACACCAUGUUAAAUCUGUGUGACCGAUGUUUUUAGAAUUUUCAAUCUUAAUUUUUUGGUUAUAACUAACCAUGAAAAAUGUUCAAAUUGAUAUUUAAGAUAAUGAAUUCUUAGAUAGGUAAUACUAAUCACGUAAAUAAUUAAGAAAAAAAACUUUAAAAAAAUAUGCAGAAAUAAAAAAAGUGUUAAUUUAAAAUUACAAAAUAUUUUCAAAUUUUGUAAUAUUUGACAAUGUUUCUAUUUAAAAAAAAUAAUUAUUUAUUACCAAUUUCAUACCCAACUCAAAAUUAUUGAUGGUUUUCCAUUGAUGGGCAAACAUAAUCUUGAUGGUAUCAUCAAUAUUUCUAUCUUCUAAUUCUUUAUGAUGGUCCAACUUAAAAAAAUAAAAAAAAUGUUCUGAUGGUAUAUUCCUGAGAACCAACAAGAAUUCCUAUUGAUCCAUCGUGAAAAUGUAUAGUUGGAACCAUCAUGACUCAUCACGAAUCAUCAUGAAUCGUUGGUCCAUAAGAAUCAAACUUCUCUUGAUGGUUAACUAUCAUAGUAUUUAAGUAGCAUUUUCCAUCACGGAAUGAUGGAAGUUUGUUGGCAUAUCAAACACCUUGAACACGCAAUGGAAAAUGUUGGAUGAUGGUGAUCAUCAAAAAUGUUGGACCAUCACAAAUCGCUAUUAAACCAGCAUAAACCAUCAAACUGUUUUGAUGGGACCGUCAAGAAUUUUGAUUUUGGGUAGGCACGUGAAGUAUUCACGAAUCAUUUAUUUUCGUUUCAAACAAAAAAAAAAUAAUGAGGGUACAACUCCUUGAAAAAUUUGGAUACUUGAUUUUAUCGAAAUAUUUGAUUCUUACUUAUUUUUAAGUGCAAAAUGAAUUUGAUCUCCAUGGUCACAUUUUCCCUUGAUCAUACAAUAUCAUUUAAAACAUUUUGACAUGCUCAUAAUAAUUUUUCUUUUUGCUUAAGAGAAUUUAGAUACUUAAUUUUAUUGAAGAAAUUCGUUUUUACUUUUUUAAAGUGUCAAAAUAAAGCUUGAAAGUCUAAUCAGGCGAUGCAUAAUAAUGUAAAAUUGUUUUGUUUCUUGUUAUCAUUUGAAAGAUUUUGAUAUGUUCAUAAUUAGGCAACGAUUUGGUUGUUAUCAUUGUGCUCAAAAGGGUAAUUUUAGUGAAAAUUGUUUCAUUUUUGAUUUGUCAAAAGUAAGUGUAAAUAUUAUUUUUUUAAGAAAAAGAAAAGGGUUAAAUAUCUCUAUAAUGCAAAAUGAAUUAAUCAUUUCAGUUUGAAAAACACUAACAAAGAAAUAUUAGGUCAAUUGACAGAGAUAGUAUUAAAACUUGAAUAUAUUUUUACUUCAUGAAAUAUUUUUGUCUUCUUCAUUGUGUAUCAAAUAUUGUGAUAUCUGUCAUUUCAUGAUUUGUAAAAAUGUUUCAUUGCUCUCUGUUUUUUUAAAUAAAUAACACAUUUAUGCA